AUGCUCCCAUAUUUCUCUACAAUCCUAACCACCAUUUCACUCCUCUCUUCCGCAAAAUCUGAUGCUUUCGGGGAUAAAACCCUUUAUCCGAGUCCCCCACCAAUGAACAUUCAAGGGAACGUCAUAAUUGGCUACUACCAGGCCUCCCGCGGAUUGUAUCAGCAACUAGAAUCUGUCCCUUGGAAAUAUUAUAACAAUGGGUACAUGGUCUUUCAGGGCGUGUGGCCGAUAGAACAAUUCCGAUUUACAUUUGGGUCGGAAGACGAAAACACAUUGGCUGUCCAAAAUAUGGAACCAUUCGUUCAAGCCGCAACCAGAAAUCGGGUCACGCCUCUUUUAGGUAUAGGGGGAGAACAAGGUUCAAAGUUAUUUUCAUACUAUAUGGGCAGUGGCGGAUCCCGCACGAAUUUCGUUCGUGCUGUUGUCGAUCUAGCAAAGCUCUACAAUUUCCAGGCCCCAAACGAUCGUGGUGCUGGUUGCAACAAUCGAUCGCCGGAGGACGUAGUCAACUUCGGUUAUUUUGCCCAAGAAUUUAAAAAAAUAUGGAAAGAAGGCCGCCUCAUUGUCCGGGUCAACUUCAACGGCUUCAUUGGAGCAUUGGGGACAUAUGCAACGCCCCAAGAAACAAGCCUGCUUGCCCAAAAUGCAGAUUAUGUUGACCUCAUGGCAUAUGAUGGUUAUACCGGAAACAAAGGCGAUAAAACUGGUCCAUUUUCAGCCUUAACUGGAGGCGAUUGUCCCAAAAUACCUUACCUUUCAAACGGGAUAAAAGAAUUGCUUCAGGUCAUGAAUUACCAAGGCUUCUCGCCCCAAAAACUCAUCCUUGGAUUUACUGGUUACGGUCGCCUAUUUUACUUACCCCAACAGUUUGAUAUGAAAACUGAUAUAUCCCAGGUGGCUUAUGGCGCGGCGCCGCAAGGGGGAUGGGCAGACAAUCUCAACGGAACAGUGGACUCCUGCAAUAGAGUUCGUGGCUACGAAGGCAUUUACCUAUUAACCGAAAUCUUGAACAAUGGCUGGCUCGCCCGAGAUGGGGUCACAUCCACGCAGGUUUUGACCAGGGGUUGGGAUGAAUGCUCCAAACAGCCUUACCUCUACGACAACAAACAUCUGUUAGUUUAUGAUGAUCCUGGGAGUUUGAGCAUUAAAUCAAACCAUGCAAAGCAGUCCGGACUAGCGGGAGUUUCUUUGCUGCAACCUCCCCCUGGAGUGGAUCAAGUGGAUUUGGUGGAUCUAUCCCUUUGA